AUGGCCGCUGAAUGGGAAGCCCCACCACCUGUGUACGCCCAACUUGACGUGUCUGCCCUGUUUACAGAUGCAGAAGGGGGAAUCAUUCGAGAAGUUGAAAUGGAGGAGGACAGCGAUGGCGAGACUAGUAGCAACCGAGAUGCUCAACGAAAGUUGCCCAGAAAGUCCAAGGGAGGGAGUGAGCCAGAAGCAGUGGUGAGCGUGAGCCGAUGGGAGCGCAUGGACGAUGCAGAUGCGGAAGACGACCCCUCUGACAACAAGAGGUUGAAGACCUCCGUCAGCAAGGGACCGUCCACAGAUGGUAAGGCAGGUGAUAGAAACCACAGUUCGUGUGAAUUGCACGAUGCUAUCAGGAGAGCGCACAAGAAACAGGUCAGGUGGGCUGAUGAAGAGGAGGAAGUUGAGGGAUUCCACAUUGGAGGGAUAAGGCGUCAGUUGGAGGAUGUGCACUAUAUCGACGACCUGGGGGAAGAGUUGGACGAUGCAGAGGUGGAGGCCACACGGCAGGGGGACAGUGCAUCUCGAUCAUGUGAUGUGACAACCUUUGCACAGCGGGUGAAAGCCGAGCACACGGCAUUCAGAUCAAUGCACUUGAAGGGCGUGCUCAAGAGCUCAGCAAAGGCCCCCUCUUAG